AUGGAACGGGUUCCCUCGCAGUGUAUUUGUGCCGUCGAGAUCCACGGCAAGGAUGACAAGCCUGAGUCAACCCGCAAAUUCAUCUUCUUUGUGGACAAGAACUACCACAUUGCCUGCUACGAGGGUGGAGGGGAGACCACCGUCUACAAACAGCCAGCAACAUCCGGGAUUAUCACUGAGGGCGGUCAAGCCAUCAAGACUGCUUCCAGGUUCAUUGGCGCUACUACUUACGAUAACGGCAAACAAAUCCGCAUUUAUUAUAUCAAGAAGGAGGAGAAAAAAGCCGACCCAAAAAAAGCCGACCGAUUUUUCUUGUGCGAGACGUGCUGCACGAUCGACCCUCGCACUACCAUCUUGACGUGGUAUCCCGGGGCACUCCAUGUCAAUGACCACCGAGUCCCGAUAGAUAAUCAUGCUUUGCUUGACGCCACGGCUCACUCAGGACGCCCGAUGGUCAUCUUUCAGGAAAGCGAGGAUCAUGUUCUGUAUGCCGCAUACAUGUCGCUGCCGGUUCCACCCGCCAAGAAUGAGGUCUGGACCUCGAAGAAGCUGACGCUGAUUCCUGACCCCAACGCCUAG